UCUACUUCUCCUCCAUCUCCUUCCAACUCUCUCUCUCUCUCUAUCUAUCUCAUUCUCUCUCUCUCUUCAUGCCCGAGCGCAUCGGGUCUCAAAAUCCAUUGAUGCAGACCUCGAUCCUUCUCUAGUAGAACUGAUCUAUACAUCUUAUUUAUACAAUCUUCUGAUUACACUUAAUCUGUACAGCUAUGGCCGCCGCAACCGUUUCCUCUAACCCUCGCACCGUGGAAGAGAUCUUCAAAGAUUAUACCGCUCGUCGUACUGCUCUUCUCCGUGCUCUCACUAAAGAUGUUGAUGAUUUUUACUCUCAAUGCGAUCCGGAAAAGGAGAAUUUGUGUUUGUACGGACACCCUAAUGAGUCAUGGGAAGUGAAUCUACCAGCUGAGGAAGUGCCUCCGGAGCUACCUGAGCCUGCGCUUGGUAUCAAUUUCGCUAGAGAUGGUAUGCAGAGGAAAGAUUGGCUUUCUCUAGUGGCUGUCCACAGUGAUUGUUGGUUGCUCUCUGUUUCUUUCUACUUUGGAGCUCGCCUGAAUCGGAACGAGAGGAAGCGGCUAUUCAGUCUGAUCAAUGAUCUCCCAACUCUCUUCGAUGUAGUUACUGGUAGGAAACCAAUCAAAGACAACAAGCCAAGCUCAGAUUCUGGAAGCAAAUCCAGAAACGGCACUAAGAGAUCAAUAGAUGGGCAGACAAAGAGCUCAACACCAAAACUAAUGGAAGAGAGCUACGAGGAUGAGGACGAAGAAGAUGAGCAUGGAGACACUCUCUGUGGAAGCUGUGGAGGUAAUUACACAACUGAUGAGUUCUGGAUUUGCUGUGAUGUUUGUGAACGUUGGUACCAUGGGAAAUGCGUUAAGAUAACUCCAGCCAAAGCAGAGAGCAUUAAGCAGUAUAAAUGCCCGCCUUGCUGUGCCAAGAAAGGAAGACAGUGAUGGUGAUGAAUUGAUGAUGACCACCUCUCAGAGAGGCUCUGGUUCUUAUGUUUUAAUCCAUAUGUUAAUCAACUUUUUUUUUUCUUUCUUUUUCUUUAACCUUUUUAAUUUAAAAGCAUACAAAACUCUCUCUUUAUAUCUCCACAAAGGCACAAAGGGAUUUCAAGAAGUUGAGAGAGAGAGUAGCAGCUGUUUGAGUAAUAUUAUUAUUAUUCAUAUAAAAAGAAAA